AUGGCGGUCCGCGCCUCAUUCGAGAACUCCAACGAAGUCGGAGUCUUCUCAACCCUCACGAAUUCCUACUCUCUCGUCGCAGUCGGCGCAUCCGAGAAUUUCUACAGCGUUUUCGAAGCCGAACUUCAAGACGUCAUUCCCAUCUGCCACUGCACAAUCGCCGGCACGCGCAUUGUAGGUCGCCUCACGGCCGGAAACAAAAAGGGCCUGCUCGUACCCACAUCCACAACCGAUCAAGAACUCCAACACUUGCGAAACUCGAUACCAGACGAAGUCAAGAUCCAGCGAAUAGAAGAGAGAUUAUCAGCACUCGGGAACGUCAUUUGCGCCAACGAUCAUGUGGCGCUCGUGCAUCCCGACCUGGAGCGCGAGACGGAGGAGAUCAUCGCAGAUGUUUUGGGCGUGGAAGUUUUCAGGCAGACGAUUGCGGAUAACGUGCUGACGGGCUCCUACAUGGCGCUCUCGAAUCAGGGCGGUAUCGUGCAUCCCAAGACUUCGAUUCAGGACCAGGAUGAGCUUUCGAGUUUGCUUCAAGUACCACUUGUCGCAGGCAGUGUCAACCGGGGCAGUCCAGUCGUUGGUGCCGGGAUGGUGGUCAAUGACUGGAUGGCCGUGACUGGACUCGACACCACAGCCACAGAGUUGAGUGUGGUGGAGUCGGUAUUCAAGCUUGGCGAAGGAAUGGGGCCCAGCGCAAUCAACACGACUAACAAGGAAACUAUGGUUGAGUCCUUCUACUAGGUUUUCUUGCAGGGGUAUGCGGGUCUAUGAGCGUGGCGUUGGGGGAACUUAUACAGCAGGCAUAUUCACGACAUCAUGCCAAUU